AUGUCGUCAUACGUUCUCAAUACCGGCGACUGGCUCGAACCAGGUCAGAGUCUGAAGAGUAGAAACGGCGGAGUUGAGUUUAGCGUGCAAGCUAAUGGCACGAUCGCCCUCUAUCACUGGGGUCAAUGUGUGUUCCAGAACACAACCGAGCAGCGCAACGAUAUCAAGGGUUUGAAGAUGAACAAAGAUGGAAAUCUUUGUCUGUAUACCAAACAUGGCAAAGCCGUCUGGCAGACCGACACAGCUUAUCCCAUAGGGGACCGCAGUGUGGUCUGCGUCGUGCAGGAUGAUGGUAACAUCGUUCUAUACAGGGGUGACAGAGCCAUUUGGUCCUCUAAUACCCCAAUUGCUCUUGAUCAUGUUUGCUUUGGCAGUUGCAUUCGG